AUGACUAGGAGGUCCAACAAGGACAACCUAGUUGAACAUCCAGAGAUAGACAAGCUUGAGAAGCAACUUAGGAAGCAAAAGCCCAAGAGAUGGCCGACGAAGCAGCUCGCGCUCACGCCGCUGAAGUGGCGCGCGCUCAAGAAGAAGGAAGAGAUCCACCUCCUCCUCCUCCUAAUCCACAAGACCCUGCUGGAGAUAAACCCUAUCCAUCCACCACUUCCUGCAAGGAAUGACUAUGAGAUCAAGCCUCAGAUCAUAGCAUUGGUUAGACAGAACCAAUUCAAUGGACUUCCAGCUGAGCAUCCUCUUGAUCACAUAGAAAACUUUGAAGAAAUUUGCAGCACUACAAGAUCCAAUGGAGUCUCUGCUGACUACCUUAAGUGCAAGCUCUUUUCAUUCUCUCUUGGCGACAAAGCUUCAAGAUGGUUGAAGUCUCUGCCAGCUCACUCCAUUACCACUUGGGAUGAGUACAAGGCUGCUUUCAUCAACCACUUCUACACCAAGCAAAGAUCAAUUUCUGUAAGGAACAAGAUCUCCAACUUUCGCCAAGCCAACAAUGAAUCUUUCUAUGAGGCGCUAGACCGAUUCAAGGAGUACAUUAGGGACUGCCCUAAUCAUGGUUUCAAUGAGGGAAACCUAUGGAACAUCUUCUAUCGUGGCAUAGACCACAAGUACAAGCUUUCAUUGGACACUGCAAGCAAUGGAAACUUCAUGACCAAGACUGUUGAUGAAGCUAAGGUUCUUAUUGAGAAUCUUGCAGCUAGUGAUUGUAACAACUGUCCUGAUUAUGACCGCUCAAGCCGCACCACUACUAGCUCCCCUGAUUCUUUUCAAAUGACUGAACUCAAGAACAUGAUGGCUCAAGUUCUUAAGGGACAGCUCAAGCAUAUCAAUGCAAUAGAAGGGAUGAGUGAUGCUAAUGAAGACAUCAAGAGAAUGCAUGGGAGAUUUCUCUAA